AUUGGGGGCAUGACGAGCAUCAUCACCUCCACAGUGGAGGGGGUGAAGACAGAGGGCGGAGUCAGCGGCUUCUUCUCAGGCCUGGGUAAAGGUCUGGUCGGCACUGUGACCAAACCGGUGGCUGGAGCUCUGGACUUUGCCUCUGAGACAGCUCAGACGGUCCGGGACAUGGCUAGUCUCAGUAACCACAGGCUCGGCGUGCAGCGUGUCAGGAAGCCUCGCUGCUGUAAGGGUCCUCAGGGUCUGCUGCCUCGACACUCUGCCGCUCAGUCUGAUGGUCAGGAGCAGCUCUUCCGCCUCACGGACAACGUCCACUCUGAGUUCUUCAUCGCUGUGGAGCCCAUCGACAGCUACUGCGUCCUCAUCUCCUCCAAAGUGGUCUACUUCCUGAAGCCGGGGGACUACGUGGACCGCGAGGCCAUCUUCCUGGAGGUCAAGUACGAUGACCUUUAUCACUGCCUGGUCUCAAAGGAUCGCGGGAAGGUGUAUGUGCAGCUCACCAAGAAGGCUGAGAGCACCAGCAGCGGUGUGGCCAUACCUGGCCCCUCCCACCAGAAACCCAUGGUCCACGUGAAGAGCGAGAGUCUCGCCAUCAAAAUCUCUCAGGAGAUCAACUAUGCCAAGAGCCUGUACUACGAGCAGCAGCUCAUGCUGCCUGCCACUGAGAACGAGGACUACUUACUGCUGGAGUCCUGAUCACCUUCCUGUUCUUCAGUCCUUUUAUUGGUUUGUGUAUUUUAACGUGUUUGACAGACUGCAGAAAAGGGAAGAGUCAGACACCUGGUUUAGUCACAUGACCCGAUGUUUUGAAAGAGCACAUACGUGUACAUGACACAUAUGCAAGGCAGUGUUAGUUUGUACAUGUGGAAACAGUGUUUAAACGCAGCAGGCGUCCUUUCUGUUUGUGAAUAGAGAUGUAAAUAGAGCCACACAGUCCUAUACAGUAGUGUGUGCAUACUGUAAGAAUUCUAAGUACGGAGAAGAACAGCUAUGAUGUGAAAUGAAACUAACUGCCUUUACAACUCUGUUUUGUGUACAAGAGACACUAAGUGAGAGAGGGGGGUUCUGCAGGCCCCCGCCUCGCACACUGGAGCUGCCUGUCUCUCUGCCUUGUACAGUCACACCUCCAGGUCUGAUGUGUCUCUGCUUUUCUUUUUAAUGAGCCAGGUGUCCUCCUCACCAGACUUUACUCUGGUGGAUUCUGAGCUUUGGGUUUGGUGUCAGAGUUUGAGUUGUGUGUUGAGAGGAGGGCGGAGUCCGGGACGGAGAGCCGGUGGACUCUGUGAUCCUGUAAAGUAACAUUCACAUGGACUGCUUCAAAUAAAGCUCCACAACUACACCCCUCACCGUGUAGAGCGCUUCUCCCCAGACUUCCCCAGCCCAGGUGCACACUGCUGUACACCUGUUUGAGUCAUGAUGCUUUUCACUACAAUAAAUCCUGAGGUUGUUCAUUA